AUGAAACGCUUCUUUAGUUCGGCAGUGGCCAUGGCAGCGGUUGUUGCUGCUUUCCCCAUGGGCCGACCAUUUGAAAAAAGAGAGCCAGUUACCACUAUCACACUUACUUCGGCCUCUACUUAUACUCAGGUUGUUGCCCCUGCGACCCCAACGCCCAUGAGGCCGUCUGGAACUGCAAGCUACCCAGAGAAAACCGCUAUACCCCUCCCCGAUAACCCGAAACCACCCAAGGGCAGUGGAUCUGAACUCCCUUGCAUCGACUGUAGUUCCGAAGGCUCGGGCAGCUCCGGUGGUUCUGGAGGUUCAAGCGGUUCUAAACUCCCCGGCGUUUCUUACGCCCCAUACCGUGGUGACCACCAGUGCAAGGAAGAAGAUGAGAUCAAGCAGGAUCUCGCUAAGCUCGCGGGCUCUUACUCUCUCGUCCGUAUCUACGGUACAGAAUGCGACCAAGUUUCAAAGAUCUACCCUUGCGCCAAGGCCAACAACAUGAAGCUUUUCCUCGGUAUUUGGGAUAUCAACGACGUGAAGAAUGAAGCCAAGUUGAUCAUUGAUGCCAUCAAUGGCGACUGGGACAUCGUUGACACCAUCAGUGUCGGAAACGAACUUGUCAACAACGGUGCUGCUACACCUGCGCAGGUUCUUGCCGCUGUUGAGGAAGCUAGCCAGAUUCUAAAGGCUGCCGGUUACAAUGGUCCUGUCUUGACGGUCGAUACAUUUAUGGCUGUUCAGAAGCACCCAGAGCUUUGCGAAAAGAGCGAGUACUGUGCCAUCAACGCCCAUGCCUUCUUUGAUCCCCAUACCUCUGCUGACGGUGCUGGCAAGUGGCUUUCUGACACCGUUCAAGCUGUCAAGUCGAAGCUAUCUAGCGACAAGCGCAUCGUCAUCUGUGAGACUGGCUGGCCCACGAAGGGUGACAGCAAUGGUGAGGCUGUUCCUGGAUUGACCCAACAGGGGUCGGCUCUCAAAGCGAUCAGGGAGGCGUUCUCUGAGCACCCCGAUGACCUGAUCCUCUUCUCUGCUUUCAACGACCACUGGAAGAAGGCAGAAGCCGCAACUUUCCACGCUGAGCAGUACUGGGGUAUCGACGGCAAGAACUUAGACUCUGAAUAA